AUGGGGCGGAUGCGGCGGUUCGCUGUGCUCUGCGCGGUGGCCUUGUCGGCACUGUGUUGGGGCGGCGCCACGGCGACGAGGGUCGGAUGGGAAGGCCGAGAGGAAAACAGUCCGGGCAUGAAAUUGCGGGAUUUGAGGCUGUUGAUGGAUUCCCCAAACACAGCGGAUGAACAAGCCCUCAUUAUGGCAGCCACGGAUGGUGACUUUGAGGAAGUGGAGAGACUGCUCAACGAAGGGGUGGAUAUAGAAGUGAGGACGGCACGCGACUCUACGCCCUUGAUGCUGGCAGCUUUUAUGGGGCACUUGGAAAUCGUUGAGUUGCUCAUAGAUGAGGGUGCAAGGAUCAACAGCACUGAUAUUGAUGAAAGGACCCCCCUGCACUAUGCUUCCCAGAAAAACCACACAACCGUGGUGCAAGUCCUGCUUGAACAUGGAGCAGACCUGAACAGCCAAGGCACCAAGAUGUCUACGCCUCUCUUUGUUGCUGCACAGUCGGAUGCGACUGGAGCUCUGGACUACUUGCUUCAGAUGGAUGGUAUCGAGGUGGACCUUGACAACUUCCAGGGUUGGACGCCGCUGAUUGCGGCAGCAGACAUGGGACAUGAGGCAUCUGUUCAGCGCCUAUUGGAUGCAGAAGCUGACCCCACAGUGGCCACGAAUUUAAGGGCAACAGCUUUGCACCGUGCAGCUUUGACCUUGGAAGGCAACAGAGUUCUGCCUCUUCUGAUCGACAGAGGUGUUGAAGUUAAUGCUUUGGAUAAUGCCAAUGAUACGCCACUGGAGUAUGCUACAUGGGCUGGAAACACGCCUGCCGUUCAGAUUUUGUUGAACGCUGGAGCAAACACAAGCAUUCCUAACCGAAAUGGUAAUUUGCCAGCGGAUGCACUGUGCUUGUGCCUGGCAUCACAGAGAUGUGCUACACCAUGUGAUACCAUAACGAACAACACAAUCAUGGCCUUGCUGGAUGGGGAGAUGCCAGAACUCCGCUCACCAACACCCUUUUCGCCAACAGAUCCAGAGGAGACGCCAGAGAUCCCUCCCUUCGGUGUCAGGAGGGAGUCGCCCCAAGCAGUGGCAGCAGGCGAAGAGAUGGAAGGGGCAGGAACGGCAUUGUCGCCACUGUGGGCGACUGUCUGUUUGUCGCUCGUCGUGGGCUUGGUGUCUUUGCUGGAGCUGUGCUGA